AUGCUCUCCGAUUCUCGAUCAGUUCUCCCAGGCCUCUGCAACAAUCGACGAUCUCACUUCAGGCUUACUUCUUCUCCGGUGAGUAUAGGAUCACCUCCCCGCGACCAUCCUCCUCGUUAUAAAAUCAUCCAGCUAGGGAUUUUUCUUCUCGAUCUCUUCAGAAUCCAAGGGAACAAUAGAGGAGAGUCAAAUGGUAGUGGUAGACCACCACAUUUAGGUCUUCAUGGAGUAGAAGCUAUGUGUGCUGAGCUUAUGCAAUUACAUGCUGGUAUUAAGGAGUUGACUUCUACUCGCCAAAAACUUACUAGUCAAGUUCAGGGUUAUGAAGGGAUCGUCUCCGUAUUCCCAUGUCAAAAGUUGCACCUCCAGACAACGAGGUCGUGGGACUUCAUUGGAUUUCCAAUAACAAUUGAACGAAGUCCCGUUGGUGAGAGCAACUCGAAUAUUGGUGUCAUAGACAGUGGAAUAUGGCCAGAUUCGGAGAGCUUCAGUGAUGAAGGCCUCCGACCAAUUCCCGAAAAGUGGAAAGGGGAGUGUCGUGGUGGCACAAAUUUCACUUGCAACAGGAUUCAUGUAUACAACAUUGAUGAAUUGAAUUUAUGUGCUCUACCUUACCAUGAUACACAUGUUUUUGUCCGCAUUGUGCAACUUAUUGACACAGGCCAGAUGGGCCAUCGAUGUAUGGUGAAUGAGUUACAGAGAUUUCCUGUUCUCAGAAAGAGAAUGGAUGAUGUCAUAGGGAAUUUUUUAAGUGAUGGUCUUCAGCCUUCUGAAACCAUGAUUGGGCACAUAGUUGAAAUGGAGAUGGAUUACAUAAACACAUCACACCCGAAUUUUGUGUGUGGGAGUAAAGUUGUGGAGGUUACCUUGCAGCAAGUGAAAUCUUCUAAGCUUGCAACAACAGUGUCGAGGCAAAAGCUUUCCAAUGGCAAAAUAAUAUCUCGUUCUGUUCUUCUUUCUACCUUUGAAACUGCAAGAGAUGCUGGAGCUAGCCCUUACAUGAACCUAAGAACAAAAUGGAGAAGUGAGUUGAAGAUGGAGAAGUGA